AGUAACCAACCAUUUUGGGAGGGCGAGCAAAGCAGUUUGUGUUCUUCAAAAAAUGGCGGAACAAAUUCCAUUCAGCGUCGUGGAGACUGUUUUGAGCAGUUUAGGAUCCUCAGUUGUUCAAAAAAUCGGAUCUAUGUAUGGCGUUCGAAGGGAGCUGACAAAGCUUGAGGAGACACUGGGCACCCUCAAAGCUGUUCUUCUGGAUGCUGAGGAUCACCUGGAGAAAAGCCAUGCAGUGAAAGAUUGGGUGAAGAGGCUCAAGGGCGUUGUGUAUGAUGUAGAUGACUUGUUGGAUGACUUUGCAACCUACCGGUUGCAGCGAGGAGGGCUCGUCAGGCAGGUGAGUCACUUCUUCUCGUCCUCAAAUCAGGUUGCAUUUCGUUUCCAAAUGAGUGGGAGAGUCGAUGAUAUCAAAGAAGCACUUGAUGAAAUAAAAAAAGAUAUCUUUCUGUUGAAUGCUAUUCCACGAAGCACAAUUCACCCACGGGCAAAGAAUAUUGGGAGAGAGACCCACUCAUCCCCACCUUUAUUUAAUCUUAAUCCAAGAAAUGCAAAAAAAGAAGACCUAGUAAAAUUGUUGGUGUCGCCUGACAAAGAAAAUGUUUUCAUUGUUGCUAUAGUUGGCAUCGGGGGAUUGGGUAAGACCACUCUUGCUCAAUUGGUAUACGACGAUGAAAGAGUGAAAAAACAUUUUGAGUUUAAGAAAUGGGUUUGCGUUUCUGAUGAUUCUGGUGAGGGUUUUGGUGAAAGUGCGCUGCUAAAAAAGUUGUCAAAAUCUAAAAAUGAUGAGGGUGAUAAAAGUUCACAGAGCCUAUCAUUGGAUGAUUUGAAAAAUGAGCUUCACAAACAAAUAAGUCAAAAGAAGUACUUGCUAGUACUAGAUGAUGCCUGGAACAAUGAAUGUGAAAAUUGGGAGAAAGUGAGAACUCUAUUGGAGGUUGGUGCUAAAGGGAGUAAAAUUGUAGUGACCACCCGGUACACUGAGGUUUCAUUUAUGGGAAAUAAUACUGUUAGUAUUGAGUUGGAAGGUCUAAACAAAGAUGAGUCUUGGAAUUUAUUUUCAGACAUCACAUUUGGAGGACAGAUGGAUACUGUGAAUUCUGAGAUCAUAGAAGUUGGAAAAGAAAUUGUAAACAUGUGUAAUGGAGUUCCACUCAUGAUCAAAACUUUAGGGAGAACAUUAAUGCAGUUUAAAUCAGACUUGUCCAAAUGGUUGUCUAUUCAAAAGAAUGAAAAUCUUUUAUCACUUCCACAUGGAAAUGAUAAUGUUCUACUAGUGUUGAAACUAAGUUAUGAUAAUUUGCCAACACAUUUGAAACAAUGUUUUACAUAUUGUGCUUUAUUUCCAAAAGACUAUGAAAUUGAGAAAAACUUGUUGGUACAAUUAUGGAUCACACAAGGUUACAUUCAGUCUACAAAUGGGAAUGAACAAUUAGAGGAUAUAGGAGAUCAAUAUUUCAAAGAAUUAUUGUCAAGGUCAUUGUUGGAAGAGGUUGAAAAAGAUGAUUUUAAUAAUACAUUAAGUUGUAAAAUGCAUGACCUUAUACAUGAUCUUGCACAAUCAAUUGUAGGAUCUGAGAUCCUUGUUUUAAGAAGAAAUGUAAAUAACAUCCCAGAAGAAGUUCGUCAUGUAUCAUUGUUUCAAGAGGUAAAUCCUAUGAUAAAGGCUCUAAAGGGAAAACCCAUAAGGACCUUUCUAAACCUUGGUGAAGAUUCUUUUAAGGAUAGUACAAUUGUAAAUUCAUUUUUUCCGAGUUUUAUGUGUUUACGUGCAUUGAGUUUAAGUUGUAUGGGUGUAGAGAAGGUGCCAAAGUGUUUAGGCAAAUUGAGUCAUUUAAGGUAUCUUGAUCUUUCCUACAAUGGUUUUAAGGUACUUCCAAAUGUUGUUACAAGGUUAAAGAAUUUGCAAACACUAAAACUCACAAGAUGUCGGAGAUUAAAAAGAAUUCUAGACAAUAUAGGAGAAUUGAUCAAUCUUAGACACUUGGAGAAUAGUGGAUGUGAUGACUUGACUCAUAUACCACAUGGAAUCGGCAAGUUGACUUUACUUCAAAGUCUACCAUUGUUUGUGGUUGGGAAUGACAUAGGGUGGUUAAGGAAUCACAAAAUUGGUAGCUUGAGUGAAUUGAAAGGCCUUAACCAACUAAGAGGAGGGUUAUGCAUAAGUAAUCUUCAAAACGUGAGGGAUGUUGAACUGGUAUCCAGGGAAGAAAUUUUGAUAGGAAAACAAUAUCUUCAGUCCUUGAGAUUGGAAUGGAAUCGGCAGGGCCAAGAUGGGGGGGAUGAGGGUGAUAAGUCAGUGAUGGAAGGCCUUCAACCAUACCAACACCUAAAGGAUAUCUUUAUAGAAGGUUAUGGAGGUACGGAGUUUCCAAGUUGGAUGAUGAAUGAUGGGUUGGGUUCCCUGUUUCCCGACCUAAUUAAAAUUGAAAUUUCACGAUGUUCAAGAUGCAAAAUUCUGCCACCCUUUUCUCAACUCCCUUCUCUCAAGUCUUUGGGGCUUCAUAAUAUGGAAGAACUGGUGGAGUUAAAGAAGGGUUCAUUAACAACGCCACUCUUCCCAUCUCUUGAAUCGCUCGAACUCAGUAACAUGCCAAAGUUGAAGGAAUUGUGGAGGAUGGACUUACUAGCAGAGGAGGGUCCUUCAUUUUCUCAUCUUUCGAAGUUAUAUAUUUAUGCAUGCUCUGGUUUGGCAUCACUGCAUCCUUCUCCUUCUCUUUCUCAAUUAGAGAUCGGAAAUUGCCAUAACUUGGCAUCCUUGGAACUGCAUUCAUCUCCUUCUCUUUCUCAAUUAAUUAUCACAGAUUGCCAUAACUUGGCAUCCUUGGAACUGCAUUCAUCUAUUUCUCUUUCUCAAUUAAGGAUCAAUGAUUGCCCAAACUUGACAUCCAUGGAACUGCCGUCAUCUGUUUGUCUUUCUGAAUUAUAUAUCAGAAAAUGCCCUAACUUGGCAUCCUUCAAAGUGGCUCCAUUACCUUCUCUUGAGACACUAUCUCUGUUCACAGUUAGAUAUGGUGUGAUAUGGCAGAUAAUGUCUGUCUCUGCUUCGUUGAAGUCUCUGUAUAUUGAAAGCAUAGAUGAUAUGAUAUCUCUUCCGAAGGAGUUACUUCAACAUGUUUCUGGCUUGGUAACGUUAGAGAUCUGUGAGUGUCCUAACUUGCAAUCCUUGGAACUGCCGUCAUCUCCUUCUCUUUCUGAAUUAAGGAUCAUAAAUUGCCCUAACUUGGCAUCCUUCAAUGUGGCAUCAUUACCUCGUCUUGAGGAACUAAGCCUGCGUGGAGUCAGAGCAGAGGUACUGAGGCAGUUCAUGUUUGUCUCUGCUUCUUCUUCAUUGAAGUCUCUGCGUAUAUGUGAGAUUGAUGGUAUGAUAUCUCUCCCAGAGGAGCCGCUUCAAUAUGUUUCCACUCUCGAAACUCUCCACAUUGUUAAGUGCUCUGGUUUGGCAACAUUACUACACUGGAUGGGCAGCCUUUCCUCGCUUACGGAACUUAUUAUUUUUGACUGCUCUGAAUUGACAUCACUGCCAGAAGAGAUCUAUUCCCUUAAAAAACUGCAGACAUUUUAUUUCUGUGAUUAUCCACACCUAGAGGAAAGAUACAACAAGGAAACAGGUGAAGACUGGGCCAAGAUUGCUCAUAUCCCACAUGUUCAUUUCCAGUUGGAUUUCAAUAAGGAAUUUGAGCUUCUCAACAUUUUCUGAUGCUGUGCACUAAACUAAUCAUUUUACUUGGAGUUGUACAUUCUAAGAGUUUGAGGAAAUACUGAGGUCUGGUAUGAUAACUCUCAAUCCUUGGAACUGCAUUCAUCUCCUUCUCUUUCUCGAUUAACGAUCCAUGAUUGCCCAAACUUGGCAUCCUUCAAUGUGGCAUCAUUACCUCGUCUUGAGGAACUAAGCCUGCGUGGAGUCAGAGCAGAGGUACUGAGGCAGUUCAUGUUUGUCUCUGUGUAUACGGGAGAUUGAUGGUAUGAUAUCUCUCCCAGAUUGAUGGCCAAGAUUGAUCAUAUCCCACGUAUUAAUUUCCAAAGUGAUCGAGUUAUGGAAUAUAAGCUUGGACGCUAUUUUUGGCAGUUCAUGUUUGCGAUGAUGUGCCCUAAACUAACCAUUUUACUUGGAGUUGUACAUUCUAAGAGUUUGAGGAAAUACUGAGAGCUUGGAAAUCGUGGCUGCCCUGAAUCGACGUCACUGUCAGAAUAUAUGUUCCCUCAAAAACCUGCAGACACUAAAUAAUCUGCAUCUGUUCACAAAAAGAUGCUGAAAGGAAAGGUGAAGACUAACCCAAGAUUGCUCAUAUGCCACAAAUUGAUAUCAUACAUCCAUGAAGAUUGAACUGAUACACAAUGCCUUUCAGAUGAUAUGAUCCAAACUCAAAUUGAACACUGCUCUUGUUUUGCAACAUUAUUGUACUAGAAAGGCAACUUGAACUCACUUAUAGACCUACCUAUUGGUGACUGCAUUGAAUUGACAUCACCUUAGAAGAGAUGUGUUCCACAUGGAAAAUCUUUCAUUAUAUGCACCUACUUGCAAGAUACCAAAAGGAAACAGGUGAAUACUUGCCCAAGAAUACAAAGGGCCACAGUUGGUGAAGGUUUCAUCAGUAAGGAGAACCAUUUCAAAGUUUGUAGAAGAGAAGAAAGAUUUGAUCCAAGAUAUUCCUAAAGAUCGAAAACUUUCAAAGCCACCCAAGAUCCCAUAGCCUACCUUAAUAAUUUGGGGAGACUAAGAUAAGGUAUUCCUAGUAGAACUGGCUCACAAAUUGAAAAGGCAUUUCAAGUGAGGAGGCCCAACUUGUGAUCAUAGAGCAUACUUUUAUUAUAGAGAAGCCCAAGGAAAUAUUUAAGCACUUGAAAUCCUUUCUCAUUGAUUUGCUUCCACCUCCCAAGCAACACCUAGAACCACUCACACUAUGACGAAGUUAAAAGGAACUAAUGCAACAUUCUCAAUAUAUUAGAAUAUAUCGAAGGAAGGGUGGCCACAUAUGAAGACCCUAUUCCAAGAACUUGGAAUUCAUGGCUACCCUGAAUUGACAUCCUUGCUAGAAGAUAUGUUCCCUCAAAAGCUUGCAGACACUAAACAAUUUGCAUCUUUUCACACUUAGAGGAAAGCUGCUGAAAGGAAAAGUGAAGACUAACCAAAGAUUGCUCAUAUCCCACAAAUUGAUAUCAUACAUCCAUGAAGAUUGAACUGAUACAGAAUGCCUUUCAGUCUCUAUCUAUUGGAUGCACAAAUGAUAUGAUCCAAACUCAAAUUGAACACUAUUCUUGUUUUGCAACAUUACUGCACUCGAAAGGCAACUUCAACUCACUUAUAGACCUUCCUAUUGGUGAUUGCACUAAAUCGACAUCACUUUGGAAGAGAUGUGUUUCACACAGAAAAUCUUUCAUUAUAUGCACCUACUCGCGAGAUACCAAAGGGAAACAGGUGAAUACUUGCCCAAGAAUACAAAGGUCAUACUUGGUGAAGGUUCCGUUAAUAAGGAGAACCAUUUCAA